GGGCCUUGAUUGGCGUGCGAAACAACCAACGGGGCGGAGAGGGCGGUUGCACUUGGAGCCCAGCAGGGGAGGUUGUGAUGCCUGCAGGUGGUCCUGCUCCUGCCGAGACCCGCCAUGUCGCAGCCCCGCGUGCUGCCCCAGAGCAAGGAGACCCUGCUGCAGUCCUACAACAAGAGGCUGAAGGACGACGUCAAGUCCAUCAUGGACAACUUCACCGAGAUCAUCAAGACCGUCAAGAUUGAGGAUGAAACGCAAGUCUCCCGAGCAACCCAAGGUGAGCAAGACAACUAUGAGAUGCACGUCAGAGCCGCAAACAUUGUCCGAGCUGGCGAGUCCUUGAUGAAGCUUGUGUCUGACCUGAAACAAUUCUUGAUCCUCAAUGACUUCCCCUCUGUGAACGAAGCUAUCAACCAGCGUAACCAGCAGCUGCGGAGCCUACAGGAUGAAUGUGACAAGAAGCUCAUUGCGCUGAGAGACGAGAUUUCCAUUGACCUGUAUGAGUUAGAAGAAGAAUAUUACUCUUCCAGGUACAAAUAGGAUGCCUGCCUACUAACAAGCCUCCUGCCCUUUUUGAGAAUUGGUCUAGGAAAGCGAAUAGUCUCUAGGACUCAAGGCUAUGGGGAUGGUUCCCAUUAACAUCUACAUUCCUGAUUUUUAAUUAGAUCAAACUCUUCUUAAAGACAUGGUGCUGGCAGAGUCAUGGUAGGGGAGACCGAGUUUCUUUCUCUGUCAGUUCUUUCACAAGUGACCUAAUUAUAGUGUGCCUUUUCCCAGGGACCUACCAUCACCAGCUGUCUGGGUCUGUAAAAAUGAACCUUUUAAAAUGAGUAGGCUGGACUCAAUUUAGCUCAAUUCAGAGGGCCUGAUUUGUUUGAAAAAACCUAUUAUAUUUUUUAUGAUGAAGUCUUUCAAAACUUCCAAUACAAAAUGUAUUUUAGUGGAUUCAGAUACUUUUUUUUCCCCCCAGCUAAGCUUGCAACCUCAGACACCGCUAGCCAGCGAGGUCUAGGAAAUAUAAGUGACUAGAAUCAAAUCCAAAAUUAACUAGUUUGGUUCUGUUGUUCAAUUUGAGUAGGAAAAAUAGGUAAAAGUUAAGCAACACCCAGGUAACAUGUACUUGCUGUUUUACAAAUGCUUAUUUUAAUGUUUGGACCAAUACAUUGUGACCAUGCUGGCAUGGUCUUUUUUUUAGCCAGCCCUGGAUGCCACAGAAAGUGACCUUUUCAUAGCAGAACUAAUGGGGCUCCUAAGGUGGGAGAUGUUGGCUGUGCUAUAGAGCUGUGCCUUUUACCAGAUCCCAUAUCAAGUAGGUGUCCUUGGCUGUUUAGCAAUUACUCCCUUUUACCUCUCUUGCUAUCGGUUAUCUUUAUUUCUGCACCAAAGAAAUACACAAGUGUGUCAAUACAGAAGACCAGUGAUUUAUUAAAAGUUAUUUUAUAACUAGAGUAAUAAGGCUUUUUUAAUGGCAUUUUAUUGUCUGAUGUGGGGAUUCUGUUUUUGUAUUCAAAUACACGUGGCAUGUUAAUGUUACUUGUGUUUAAAUGGCUUUAAAUGUGUCAACAUGUACCUUGAGUGGACAAUGUGCACUCCUUCGGAGAGCCCAGAUGGAGUUCUGUAGCUGUCAACACUGUGAACCUCCUACGGUCAAGUGGGUUUCUUUGUCUAGUAGAGAUCUGAUUUUGGUACUAAGGAAAUUACUAGGAGGCUUGCACCUUGCCGGGCGGGAGCACACUAAGGUUCCACACAGCUGGAGUCCCUGGUUGCUCUCCCACUCUCUGGUGCCCGAACCAAAGUGCUUUAAAUCAGUGACCUCCUCACUUGCUUAUUCCCCAAAGCUGUAAACUCAUAAACUUGUGCUUGCCUUAUCCAGCCUCGUACAGCCAGAGUUGUAUGCUGGUGCUUCACCACUCCCUUGUCAGGCAGCAUGGGGAGAAGUCUGGAACGCGGGGUUAAGUUCUGCACGGUUCUUCAGUUUGAAGUGUUCCUUCUCUAUAUAUUUUACAGUUAAACUAUUUUCUAUAAAUAUUGACUUGAGUCUAUUCAUUGUAAAUAAAACAGCACCAAAACCCCA